UAUAUAAUGUGUCACUGAGAGGACUGUUAGGAAAAGAACGACACAGGAAAUGUAACAUCCAUGAAAACUGCAGUUUAUCGUAUAGUCACAGCACUAUAUGCUGAAAUGGCACAUAUAUAUGAAUUGUGAAGUACAUAGGAGCCAAACGGUAACAGCUAAGAAAACACCAACCAACGACCGCACAAGCAGGCAACAACAGAUGGAACCUCGAGGAAAAUGUAAGCAGAAUUAAACCAUGCAAUAACUGUGACAACAAACUGUGAAUGAGAGAAAGCGAAAUUAUAUCAAGGACCCGACGAUACCAUGAAUGUCGUGUGUCAACGAUUGAAAGAAAACUGUAUAUUACAUUGGAAGAAGGCAUAAGCUUUUGCUCUACCUCAAGAAUUCCAAAAGUGGACCAUUCACUCAUACGUAACUUGCAUGAAGUGGAUAAAUGACGAAGAGCCUUCUAUGGUUAAUAGACAUGACGGUUUCUCCACCCCACGGUAUUUAUGGGCAGUUGACGGAAGCAGACUUCAUUGGACGCAGGGGAGAGGAUGACCUCUUCAUAGCUUGUGCAAAGGGGAGUAUUCAAGACAUUGAGAACAACUGUGCUGAUGUCUCCAAAGUGAAGGACCAUAACUCUCUUGGUUACAGUGCAUUGCAUGUGGCAGUGCUCAGUGACCGACCUGACAUUGAAGACGUCAUUGACGUUCUCCUGAACAACGGAGUUGACGUCAAUGGCGUCACGAUCUCCGAAUGGGACACCGCGCUGCAUCUGAUCGCUCAUCGAGGUGAUUACACAAAUGGGCUACAAGUGGCUGUUAAACUCCUAGAAAAUGGUGCCAAAACAGACAUCAGAAAUAAGAGGUUACAAACCCCUUAUGACUGUGCAAUAUCACGGAACUUCAUUCCUCUGGCAUCCAUCCUGGAGGGCACUUUACAACUGGACAGUGCAAAAGAUAUCGCAACUCAAGAAACACAGCAAUAUUGGGGCAAAAAGUUGAUAGAAGCAGUCUUCGGAUCCGACAAGGAGAUGUUCUCAGAAUGUCUUAGAAGAGGUGCUGAUAUGAAUUUGUUAAACCAGCAUGGAGCAGGUGCAGUCCACUAUGCCGUUACACACUGUAAGCUGGCAACUUUAGAAAUUCUUCGCAAAAUGGUGGAAGGUGGUUGCGACAUCAAUCUCCGAGAUCACGAAGGUGAUACAGCUCUCAAUCUAGUCGUUAAAACAGAGAGAUUACGGACAUCGGGUGAAAUGAACGAGAUUGUGGAGUAUCUACUCAGUAAUGGUGCUGACGUUUCUUUCAAAGACCUGGAUGGAAAAGACAGUCGGGAUCUGGCACAGGAAAGACAAUACCACGACAUCGUGACUCUCCUUGGUGCUCCGUUCCGAGCAAAGCCAGAUCCAAGACCAUCACCACAGCCGAUACCUGAGCCGUUACCGGAGCCAACACCUGAGCCCCCUAAGGAACCAUCUCCGGUCCCCACACCACAACCCGAAUCACCAGAGAUGGAAACUGAAGCUGUGGCCGAACCUGAGAGUGCAGAGGAGGAAGAAGACAUUCUGGAACCCCUUCCACACAUGACACAAAUUAACAAAGCAGACGAAGCUGGUCUCAAACCUAUUCAUCGUGCCAUACUGAUAAAAAAUCAACGACAGAGAGAACAGAGGAUAAGUGAACUUUUUCGCCUACGAGCAAACAUUAACGGCUUAACGUUGCAGGAAAAAAACACUGCUCUGCACGUCGCAGUGAAAAACAACCGACCUGAGACAGUGCGGCAACUUCUGAAGUACGGAGCGAAACAGACAAUGAUUAACAAGGACAGGAAAACAGCUCUGGCUCUAGCAAAGGACGAAGGUUUCAGAGACAUUCAGCAAAUUCUGGAGGAAGAUCUAAAGAAGAGUGCCACCAAUGCAAUGAAGAAGAAAUCCAGUACCUGUGCAGUUAUGUGACAGAAGAGCACAUGAGCUGUAUAGAGACUAUGGCUGUCACAUGAUAAAAUGCCUAUUUAUUUCAUUAGAAAAUGGUGCAGCUACCAAUAUUAAAAUAAAUAAGUGAACCUGUCAUUUCAUAAAAAUAGCACUGGCUUUUAACAUAAGCUUGUCAAAUAUCCUUCUUAACAAUAUAAAAUAAUACUUAAUAAAAAAAAGCUGUAAUGCCACUUGAAACGUCUUGCUUUUCUACAUGUACAUGUGUAUGUGUCAGAUCAAGCACAGAACUACCUCUGAAAUUGGACAUUCGUGUUCCCAGCUUUGCUUCCACAUGGUUCUUAAAGCUAAAGUGGGAAGAAUGAAAUAAAUCUCAAAUAACAGCACAACACCUGAAGGAGCCAGGGUCCACUACUACGAAGCCAUCUUAAUGUUACGAGCGCUUAACUACCAUGGCAACCACCAAUGUAGGCAUUGCUUCACACGCUCGUAGCAUCAUGUGGGCUUUGUACAAGUGGCCCAGG